AUGCCUGAAAUAGCAGAAGUUGCACGUGUGGUUCAUUACCUUCGAAAGAAUCUAGUAGGCAAGACUCUCGCCGUCGUGAAAGCCCCAGAUGACCCCAUUAUAUUUGGAAAGGUCGGCACCAGUGGACCUAAGUUCGAGAAAGCCAUGACAGGCAAGAAAGUCCUAGAUGCGAAUCAGCAAGGCAAAUAUUUCUGGCUUAUAAUGUCAUCACCACCUCACCCAGUCUUCCAUUUGGGCAUGUCAGGCUGGAUUCACAUUCGAGGUGAACCUAACGGACACUAUCGGCCCAAGGCAACCAAAGAAGAUGAAGAAUGGCCUCCAGAAUUCUGGAAAUUCAAACUGGAGACCGACAGCCAGCCCAAAGUCGAAGCAGCUUUCGCGGAUCCUCGAAGAUUUGGCCGAAUACGUUUGGUCAACUGCGCAGCAGAGGACAUCAAAAGUACCACUCCUCUCAUUGAAAACGGCCCGGAUCCUGUAAUCGACAAAGACAUUUUCACUGCAGAGUGGUUGGAGGCGAAGAUUUUGAGCAAAAGGGUCCCCAUAAAGGGCUUCCUGUUGAAUCAAUCGAUGAUAAGCGGAAUUGGUAACUGGGUUAGCGACGAGAUUUUAUACAAUGCAAAAUUGCACCCGGAGCAAUACACCAAUACGUUCAGCUCGGAGAUGAUCAAGCAGCUUCAUAAAUCCAUCCUUUACGUCUGCCAGACUGCCGUAGAUCUGCUAGGUGAUUCGAGCAAGUUCCCAGAUGAGUGGUUAUUCAACCAUCGUGGGGUAAAGUCGAAGACAAAAGCUGCCAUCACUUUGCCAAACGGAGCGAAAAUGAUUUAUCUCACUGUUGCUAGCAGGUCCAGUUGCGUGGUGCCGAGUGUGCAGAAGAAGAUCGUUGAAUUCCCUGCAGAUGUGAAGAAAGAAGAUCUCAACGGAGGAGAAGAUGCCGAGAGCGAGAAGGAAAUCAAGCCUAAGGCAAGAGCGUCGAACAAGAGGAAGGCUGUGGUGGUGGAAGAUGAGGAGGUUGUCAAGGCUGAGGAAGAGGAACUUGAUAAAGAUGAACCCAAAGGGAAGGCCAAGAAGGCCAAAUCUACUCCGAAGGCGAAGAUCGGCAAAGUGAAGAUUAAGAAAGCAUCAAGCGAAGAUUGA